AUGGCCCCAACAGUUACUUUGCAUUUGAGAGCAGAAACCAAACCACAAGAAGCACGUGCAGCUUUGACACCCACCACCGUUAAGAAGCUUUUGAGUAAGGGUUUCAAGAUUUACGUGGAGGAAAGUAGUCAAUCUACUUUCGACAUUAAGGAAUACAAGGAUGCCGGUGCUCAAAUUGUGCCUGCUGGUUCAUGGGUGAAUGCUCCUCGCGACAGAAUUAUUAUUGGUUUGAAGGAGAUGCCAGAAACUGACACAUUUCCUCUGGUGCAUGAACACAUUCAAUUUGCGCACUGCUACAAGAACCAAGCCGGAUGGCAGGACGUUUUAGGCCGUUUCAAGAGGGGACACGGUGUUUUGUACGACUUGGAAUUUUUGGAGAACGACCAGGGCAGAAGAGUUGCAGCUUUCGGUUUCUACGCAGGUUUUGCUGGUGCAGCUCUAGGUUUGAGCGAUUGGGCUUUCAAACAGACGCACUCUGAUGAUGAAGAUCUUCCUGGUGUUACCCCAUACCCUAAUGAAAAUGCUUUAGUGAAGGAAAUUACUUCCAAGUACAAGGCCGCUUUGAAGAAGGGUGCAAAGGCUCCAACCGUUCUUAUUAUCGGUGCUUUGGGUAGAUGUGGUUCCGGAGCUAUUGAUAUGCUACGCAAGGCCGGUGUGCCGGAGAAGAAUAUUAUUAAAUGGGACAUGAAGGAGACGGCUCGUGGUGGUCCAUUUGAAGAGAUCGCACAGGCUGAUAUUUUCAUCAACUGUAUCUAUUUAUCUAAACCCAUUGCUCCUUUCAUCAACUACGAGUUACUAAACAAGACUAGUAGAAGGCUGAGGACAAUUGUUGACGUAUCUGCCGACACAACUAACCCUCACAACCCUGUCCCGGUUUACACCGUCGCCACAGUCUUCAAUAAGCCUACUGUGUUAGUACCUACCACCAUUGGUCCAAAAUUAUCAGUGAUUUCUAUUGACCAUCUACCUUCUUUGUUGCCAAGAGAGGCCUCUGAGUUCUUCUCGCACGAUCUAUUACCAUCCUUAGAGCAAUUGCCAUACAGAGAUACUGCCCCAGUAUGGGUAAGGGCCAAGAGGUUGUUCGAAAAGUUCUGCGCUCGCCUUGAUAGACAAGCUAAGCUUUAA